CUUUUAGUCACGGCGCAAGUGCGCACCGUAGAGAGCGUCUUCAGCGCGCGCUGUCGCACGCAAACCUUCACUUCACGUGUAGUUCGUGUCAGAACGGGCUGGCAGGCAGGUCUAAGGACCUGGGGGAUAUUGGAACCCUCUCCUCGUUCAUUCGCACCCGCUCUCCUCCCCCCACACCCUGUCGUAGCAGUACAGAAAGCCAACAAUCAAACAGCUGUCGACUGGCGGCUCGAGUCGCGCGCGCUACAUCACCAAUGCCGGGAAACCGUCAGCUCUCUCGCGCGCGGACGGACAGCGACGAUGUGAAGCAGUGACCGCGAGAAUGGACCAAAGGAACUACUUCGCCGUUCUGCUGCUCGCUUUUCAGGUCCAACUCACAUUUGGAGAGUUCUUUCCAGGCAGCUGUUCGUUUGAAGAGCACUACAGUAAUUGCGGCUACAGCGUGGCGUUGGGGACUAAUGGCUUCGCCUGGGAGCAAGUCAACACCUGGGAGAGACCCUCCAUGGAUGCGGCCGUUCCCACAGGUUCCUUCAUGAUGGUGAAUGCUUCGGGUCGUGCAUCAGGUCAGAAGGCCCACCUGCUCCUGCCCACGCUAAAAGAGAAUGACACCCACUGCAUAGAUUUCCACUACUCCCUGUCUAGCCGGGAUGGGACGAGUCCCGGAACCCUUAAUGUCUACAUAAAAGUGGAUGGUGGACCACAGGGGAAUCCCAUCUGGAAUGCCUCAGCACCCGUCACUGAAGGCUGGGUGAAGGCUGAACUCGCAAUCAGCACCUUUUGGCCCAACUCCUAUCAGGUUAUUUUUGAGGCUGUGUCUGUACAAGGGCAUCCUGGGUUCAUCGCAGUGGAUGAGAUACACGUUUUGGCCCACCCUUGCCGCAAGACACCACAUUUUCUGCGGCUGCAGAAUGUCGAGGUGAACGUGGGACAGAAUGCCACCUUCCAGUGUAUUGCUGGAGGCAAAUGGUCACAACAUGACAAACUCUGGCUACAGCAAUGGAAUGGUAAAGACACGUCUCUCAUGGUGACCCGAGUGGUGAACCAUCGGCGCUUCUCCGCUACCGUUAGCGUAACGGACACGUCACAGCGCAGCACCAGCCGUUACCGCUGUGUCAUUCGUUCUGAUGGAGGAUCUGGAGUUUCAAACUAUGCUGAACUCAGCGUUAAAGCGCCACCCACACCCAUCGCUCCACCUGAACUUCUUGCAGUUGGUGCCACCUACUUGUGGAUCAAACCAAACGCCAAUUCCAUCAUCGGUGACGGCCCCAUCAUCCUGAAAGAGGUGGAGUACCGCACCACCACUGGAAACUGGGCCGAGACGCAUGUUGUGGAUGCGCCAACGUACAAGCUCUGGCAUUUGGAUCCAGAUGUGGAGUAUGAGAUUAAGGUUCUUCUGACCCGACCUGGGGAAGGUGGCACUGGACCACCGGGACCACCCCUCAUCACUCGGACCAAAUGUGCUG